GUUCCCGUGGAGUCUCUGCGGGAAUCUCUUGGUGAAGAGCUAUUCAAAAUAUGUUAUGAAGAGGAUGAACACAUAUUAGGAGUUAUUGGAGGGACCCUUAAGGACUUCUUGAACAGUUUCACUACUCUGCUGAAGCAGAGCAGCCACAGCCAAGAAGCAGGAAAAAAGGACAGACUUGAAGAUGCUUCCAUAUUAUGCCUUGAGAAAGACCAGGACUUUUUAAAUGUAUAUUAUUUCUUUCCUAAGAAAAUCACAAGUCUUAUUCUAUCUGGUAUCAUUAAAGCAGCAGCUCAUAUUUUGUAUGAAACUGAGGUGGAAGUGAUGCUCAUGCCUCCUUGUUUCCAUAAUGACUGCACUGAGUUUGCUAAUCAGCCUUACUUGCUGUACUCCAUACAAGUCAAAAGUGCAAAGCCUUCCUUAUCUCCGUGUAAACCACAGUCUUCACUUGUGAUUCCUGCCUCCAUGUUCUGUAAGACUUUCCCAUUUCAUUUUAUGUUUGACAAGGAUAUGUCAGUUCUUCAAAUCGGAAACGGGAUACGAAGACUUUUGACCAGGAGAGAAUUUCAAGCUAAGCCAAAUUUUGAAGAGUAUUUUGAAAUUCUUACCCCAAAAGUAAGCUGCACUUUUAGUGGAAUAAUGACAAUGCUAAAUAUGCAGUUUACUGUACGAGUUAGAAGAUGGGAUAAUACUGAUAUGAAACCUUCCAUGGUAAUGGAUCUUAAAGGCCAAAUGAUCUAUAUUCUUGAAUCCAGUGCCAUCCUAUUCUUGGGAUCUCCUUGUGUGGAUAGACUAGAAGAUUUUACAGGACGUGGCUUGUACCUCUCAGAUAUUCCCAUUCACAAUGCAUUGAGAGAUGUUGUUCUGAUAGGAGAGCAGGCCAGAGCCCAGGACGGACUGAAGAAAAGGUUAGGAAAGCUAAAAGCAACCCUUGAACAGGCCCAUCAAGCCCUUGAAGAAGAGAAGAAGAAGACUGUAGAUCUUCUGUUUUCAAUUUUUCCUGGAGAAGUGGCUCAGCAGCUGUGGCAGGGACAAGUUGUACAAGCCAAGAAAUUUAGCAAUGUCACAAUGCUUUUUUCUGACAUUGUUGGAUUCACUGCCAUCUGUUCCCAGUGCUCACCUAUGCAGGUUAUCACUAUGCUUAAUGAGCUUUAUACUCGCUUUGAUUACCAGUGUGGAGAGCUAGAUGUCUACAAGGUUGAGACUAUUGGAGAUGCCUACUGUGUCGCUGGAGGCUUACACAAAGAAAGUGAAACACAUGCUGUUCAAAUAGCAUUGAUGGCCCUGAAGAUGAUGGAACUGUCAGAUGAAGUGGUGUCUCCCCAUGGAGAACCUAUCAAGAUGCGUAUUGGCCUUCAUUCUGGAUCUGUCUUCGCUGGAGUUGUUGGGGUUAAAAUGCCUCGUUAUUGCCUUUUUGGAAAUAAUGUAACCCUUGCCAAUAAGUUUGAAUCUUGCAGUAUACCUAGAAAAAUAAAUGUCAGCCCAACAACUUACAGGUUGUUAAAGGAAUAUCCAGGUUUUGUGUUCACACCUCGCUCAAGAGAAGAGCUUCCACCAAAUUUUCCCAGUGAUAUCCCUGGAAUUUGCUAUUUUCUGGAUGCUUAUAUUCAAGGAACAAACUCACAGACUUGGUUUCAAAAGAGAGAUUUGGGAGAUGGCAAUGCCAAUUUUCUGGGUGAGGAAACAGGAAUAGACUAAAUAGUACAUUCACAAAUGUAUAGAAUAAAUUUAUAAAUAUUUGGAAUUUUUUUGUAUAAAUUGAAAAUUUUUAAAACUGUAUGAAACAUGAAAGCACUUUAGAUUGUUAACACCUGAAAUCCAGUAUUAAAAUUUCAGGAAGUAUGUCACUGACUACUUUUUAUUUUUCCUUUGCAUAAGGAACAUAGUCACUAAAGUAAUGUUGCAACUUCACUGUUGAAAAUGCUACUAUAAACUGUAUUUUCCCUGUGGUAAUUUGUAAGUGCUAUGUAACAACUCUCUCAGUUCUCUUUGUACUGAGAAUUCUAGAUGUAUUGUAUAUGCAGUGUGUCAGGAAAUGUAAUGUGCAAGUGAUGCAGCCACAUGCAGUGUUGUGAGCUGGUGCUUAUCAAUGACUAUUAAAAUGUAUUUUCUUAGAGAUUCCAUAAGAAAGCAUCCAUUAAAAUAUUGUCAUUGCUAUCACAUACUCCUUCCAGUGCAUCAUUUGGGCCCCAUCCUAGAAGCUGCUGACCAUCUUCUCAUACUGACUGAAGUCAAAAUAUGAGGGUGCUCAGCAUGUUCUGGAUCAGGCUGCUGAUUGUAGCUAAUACACAUACGCAUAGCAGAGUUGCUGCUUACUGUUUCAUGAACUUUGUGUAUAAAAUGAAUAUAGAUUAUAACACUGUAUAAUCACAUGCUAAAGUAUCUGUAAUCAUCAAAAUAUUUUAGUUCUUCGGGUUUUUUAAAUACUUUGAAAAAAUAAUAUCCACUUGUUAUUAUGUAUUACAGCAAUAAAUGUUUUCUUUUUGUUGACAUUUAAAUUUGAUAUGUUUUAAAAGAAGUGUAAUAAAACAUGCAUUGGAAUGUUUGCUUA